AGUCGUCUACUUGCUGCUCGUUGACGGUGUUGUUGUUCGAAUGAGUUGUGGUUUAUUUACAUUUCAAUUCUGCAUUUCGUAGGUUUUUAAUAGUGCAUUUAUUAGCUGUUAGUUGGAGUAGCUCUUAAGAUGACAACCGACAUUUCGGUGGUCAGGUGGGAUCCUUCCCUCCAACAAGAGAUCGUUGACGACUAUGAAUACGAUGGAGGGAACUCCUCAUCUCGCCUGUUUGAGAGAAGCAGAAUAAAAGCUUUAGCAGAUGAGAGAGAGAGUGUACAGAAAAAGACUUUCCAAAAAUGGGUCAAUUCCCACUUAGUUCGUGUUAAUUGUCGAAUUAGCGACUUAUAUGUAGAUCUUAGAGAUGGAAAAAUGCUUCUACAGUUACUUGAAGUUUUAUCUGGAGAAAGACUACCACGCCCAACUAAAGGAAAAAUGAGGAUACAUUGUCUUGAAAAUGUAGACAAGGCUUUACAAUUCCUUCGGGAGCAGAGAGUUCAUCUUGAAAAUAUGGGAUCACACGAUAUUGUUGAUGGAAAUGCUAGAUUAUCAUUAGGUCUUAUUUGGACCAUUAUUCUAAGGUUCCAGAUACAAGAUAUUACAAUUGAAGAGACUGACAAUAGAGAAACCAAAUCUGCAAAGGAUGCCCUUCUUUUAUGGUGCCAAAUGAAAACUGCUGGCUAUCAUAAUGUUAAUGUUCGUAACUUUACAACUUCUUGGAAAGAUGGUUUGGCCUUUAAUGCUAUUAUUCAUAAGCAUCGACCAGAUCUUAUAGCUUUUGAACGACUAUCAAAAUCGAAUGCUAUGUAUAACCUUAACAAUGCUUUCACAGUUGCGGAAGAGAAAUUAGAGCUUACAAAACUCCUUGAUCCUGAAGAUGUUUUUGUCGAGCAGCCUGAUGAAAAGUCUAUCAUUACCUAUGUUGUCACUUAUUAUCAUUACUUUUCAAAAAUGAAGGAAGCAACGGUAAUUGGAAAAAGAAUAGGAAAAGUAGUUGGUAUUGCUAUGGACAAUGAUCGAAUGAUCCUCGAGUAUGAGGGGCUUACUUCUGAUUUGCUGAGGUGGAUUGAAGCAACUAUUUCUCAGCUUGGUGACCGACAUUUUGCCAAUUCCCUUGUUGGUGUUCAGCAACAGUUAUCUCAGUUCAACAAUUAUAGAACUGUUGAAAAACCACCAAAGUUUGUGGAAAAGGGCAACUUGGAGGUAUUAUUAUUUACUUUACAAUCCAAAAUGCGAGCUAAUAACCAGAAACCAUAUACUCCAAAGGAAGGUAAAAUGAUUUCUGAUAUCAACAAGGCUUGGGAGCGACUCGAAAAAGCUGAACAUGAAAGAGAACUUGCUUUGAGAGAAGAACUGAUUAGACAAGAAAAACUAGAACAACUUGCUGCAAGGUUUAACCGAAAAGCACAAAUGAGGGAAACAUGGCUUUCAGAAAACCAAAGACUUGUGUCUCAGGAUAACUUUGGAUUUGAUCUUGGAGCCGUUGAAGCGGCAGCUAAAAAGCAUGAAGCAAUUGAAACUGAUAUUUUUGCCUAUGAGGAACGAGUACAAGCAGUUGUAACUGUUAGUCAAGAAUUGGAAGCAGAAAAUUAUCAUGACAUUGAGAGGAUCAAUGCAAGGAAGGAUAAUGUUCUAAGACUUUGGAAUUACCUCCUUGAACUUCUGAGAUCCAGAAGAAUGAGGUUAGAGUUAUCUCUUCAGCUUCAACAGAACUUCCAAGAAAUGAUAUAUAUUUUAGAUUCUAUGGAAGAGCUGAAGAUGAGACUUUUGUCAGAUGAUUAUGGUAAACACUUGAUGGGAGUUGAAGAUCUUCUUCAGAAGCAUAGUUUAGUUGAGGCUGACAUCAAUGUACUUGGUGAAAGAGUUAAAGGAGUUGUACAACAAUCUCAGCGGUUCCUUGAUGAUGAAGCUACAGAGGGCUACAGGCCUUGUGAUCCAUCAGUCAUUAUUGAAAGGGUUCAACAAUUGGAGGAUGCCUACAGUGAGCUAGUAAAAUUAGCUCUUGAAAGACGUGCAAGGCUAGAAGAAAGUCGGAAGCUGUGGCAGUUUUACUGGGAUAUGGCUGAUGAGGAGAACUGGAUUAAAGAAAAAGAACAAAUUGUUUCCCAAGGAGAUAUUGGUCAUGAUUUGAUAACAAUUAACCUUCUCCUUUCUAAACAUAAGGCUCUUGAAAAUGAAAUAUCAUCACAUGAACCUCAAUUGGCUUCAGUUGUAGCUGUAGGAGAAGAUUUAGUCUCACAAGGCCAUUUUGGUGCUGAAAGAAUUCAAAACCGACUGGAUGAAACACUAGGCAUGUGGAAACAUUUAGAAGAACUUGUAGCUUAUAGAAGAAAGAGGCUUGAAGAAGCAGUUGAUUUUCAUCAGUUCUUUGCGGAUGCCGAUGAUGUCGACAUUUGGAUGCUGGAUACACUUCGACUUGUUUCAUCCGAGGAUGUGGGACGUGAUGAAGCUAAUGUUCAAUCAUUGCUCAAGAAACACAAAGAAGCAACUGAAGAACUCAAAGCCUAUUCUGCUACCAUUGAAGCACUCAAAUCUCAGGCUAGCGCACUUGGUGAACAAGAUCGAGAGUCAUCUGAUGUUAUCAACAGGAUUACAUCAAUCGAAAAUAGGUACAAGGAGUUAUUAGAACUUGCUAAGUUAAGGAAGCAACGGCUUUUGGAUGCUCUGUCAUUAUAUAAACUAUUUAGUGAAGCUGAUGGUGUUCAACAAUGGAUUGGCGAAAAGGACCGUAUGCUUGAGACAAUGGUACCAGGGAAGGAAAUUGAAGAUGUCGAGAUAAUGAAACACCGAUAUGAUGGUUUUGAUAAGGAAAUGAAUGCGAAUGCUUCAAGAGUGGCAGUUGUCAAUCAGUUAGCUCGCCAACUUUUGCAUGUGGAGCAUCCUAAUUCUGAACAAAUAGUUGCUAGGCAGAAUAAGUUGAAUCAUGAAUGGGCCCAAUUGAGAGAGAAGGCCGAAACCAAAAGAGAGGAACUUAACUCAGCACAUGGAGUUCAAACCUACUUUAUUGAAUGCCGUGAAACUAUAUCAUGGAUUGAAGAUAAAAAGCGAAUUCUACAGGCAACUGAUAGUUUGGAAAUGGAUCUUACUGGUAUCAUGACUCUCCAGAGGAGGCUAAGUGGAAUGGAGCGGGAUCUUGCUGCAAUACAGGCCAAACUUGACUCUCUGCAGGCUGAGUCUGAAGCUAUUAGUGAUACUCAUCCAGAAGAAGCAGCACUUAUAAAAGAAAGAAUUUCUCAAAUCACAACCAUAUGGCAGGAUUUGACUAUGAUGCUGAAAGAAAGAGAUGCAAAAUUGGAAGAAGCUGGUGACCUCCAUCGGUUCCUUCGUGACUUAGAUCAUUUCCAGUUGUGGCUACAGAAAACUCAAACAGAUGUUGCUUCAGAAGAUAUUCCAUCCUCACUGGCGGAGGCUGAGAAACUCCUUUCUCAACAUCAAGUCAUCCGAGAAGAAAUCGAUAACUAUACUGAGGAUUAUAAGAAGAUGAUGGAUUAUGGCGAGAAAAUUACAGCUGAACCCUCGACACAAUCUGAUCCACAAUAUAUGUUCUUAAGAGAAAGAUUGAAGGCAUUACGAGAUGGUUGGGAAGAGUUACAUCAGAUGUGGGAAAACAGACAAGAACUUUUGUCACAUUGGCUUAAUCUACAAAUGUUCAAUAGGGACGCUCGUCAGGCUGAAGUUCUUUUAUCACACCAAGAGCAUGUGCUAUCGAAGGAUGAUACACCUGUCAACUUAGAGCAAGCAGAAAACUUAAUAAAACGACACGAGGCAUUCCUUACGACAAUGGAAGCCAACGAUGAGAAAAUCAACGCUGUGGUGCAAUUCGCUGAACAGCUUAGUAAUGAAGGUCAUUUUGCAGGAGAUAAAGUCCUCAAGAAGGCUAAGAGUAUUGAAGAACGAAGAAACUCUAACAGGCAGAAAGCACAAGAAAACAUGGAAAAACUUAAGGAUCAGUUACAACUUCAUCAAUUCUUGCAGGAUUGUGAAGAACUUAGUGAAUGGAUUCAAGAAAAGAAAUUUAUAUCCCAAGAUGAAUCUUAUAGAUCCGCCAAGACUGUUCAUUCAAAAUGGACUCGACAUCAAGCUUUUGAAGCUGAAAUAGCUUCAAACAAAGACAGACUUAUCCGUGUUCAGCAGGCAGGAGAAGAACUUAUGAAAGAAAAACCUGAGCUUGGUGAGAUAAUAGAGCCAAAGAUACAAGAUUUAACUACCCAGUUUGUUGACCUUGAGACAAUGACACAUGAGAAGGGUGAAAGACUCUUUGAUGCUAACCGUGAAGUUCUUCUACACCAAACUUGUGAUGAUAUUGAUUCUUGGAUGAAUGAUCUGGAAAAACAGAUUGAGAAUGAAGAUCUGGGAACAGAUCUUGCCUCUGUCAAUAUUCUGAUGCAAAAACAACAGAUGAUUGAGACCCAAAUGGCAGUUAAGGCAAGGCAGGUUACUGAACUAGAAACUCAAGCUAAGCAUCUUGAAAAAACUGUUCCAGAGAAAAUUGAAGAAAUUAAAGAGAAAAAAUCGGCUGUCGAAGCCAGGUUCCAGAAGUUAAAAGAUCCUCUCUUGACACGCCAAAGGCAGUUGGAGAAGAACAAAGAAGCCUUUCAGUUCCGACGAGAUGUGGAGGAUGAGAAGUUGUGGAUUGCAGAAAAAAUGCCCCUUGCAACUUCUACAGACUAUGGUAACAGUUUGUUUAAUGUCCAUACUUUGAAGAAGAAAAAUAAGUCUUUAAGAACGGAAAUUGAUGGCCAUGAACCACGUCUCCACUCUGUCCUCCGAAAUGGAGAAAAGUUAGUGGAAGAAGGUCAUGAGGAAGGCCCAGAAUUCAGGCGUUUAAUUGAGGAACUUCUCGAGAAAUGGGAAAGGCUUAAGGAAGCUGUUGAAGAGAGGAAAAACAGGCUCACUCAAUCAGAACUUGUACAACAGUACUUGUUUGAUGCAAGUGAAGCAGAGAGUUGGAUGUCAGAACAAGAAUUAUAUAUGAUGGUUGAAGACAGAGGAAAGGAUGAGAUCUCAGCUGAAAAUUUGAUGAAGAAACAUGAAUCCUUGGAGUUAGCCGUUGAUCAUUAUGCUGAUACCAUCAGGCAACUAGGAGAAACUGCUAGAACUCUAACUGCCCAAGGAAAUCCUCUGAGCGAUCAGAUUUGUGUAAAGCAGUCCCAAGUUGACAAGUUGUAUGCCGGACUGAAGGACCUGGCUGGUGAAAGAAGAGCCAAACUUGAUGAGGCCCUCCGAUUGUUUACUUUGAACAGAGAAGUGGAUGAUCUUGAACAAUGGAUUGCUGAGAGAGAAGUAGUUGCAGGAUCACAUGAACUUGGGCAAGAUUAUGAUCAUGUGACACUUCUGUGGGAAAGGUUCAAAGAAUUUGCUCGGGACACUGAGGCUACCGGAGGUGAAAGGGUUGCUGUAGUUAAUAACAUGGCUGACAAUCUGAUUGCGGCUGGCCAUAGUGACUCCGCUACUAUUGCUGAAUGGAAAGAUGGACUUAUUGAAGCUUGGCAAGAUUUACUUGAGCUUAUCACUACCAGGACUCAGAUGCUUGAGGCUUCCCGAGAACUGCACAAGUUCUUCCAUGACUGCAAAGAUGUUCUUGGUCGCAUAUCAGAAAAACAGCAUGGAAUGUCUGAAGAACUUGGCAGGGAUGCAGGAAGUGUUUCCGUUCUUCAGCGUAAACAUCAAGGUUUCAUGCAAGACCUCCAAACUCUACAGUCACAGGUGAAUGCAAUUUGUGACGAGUCAAAUAAAUUGCAAGCUUCAUAUGCUGGUGACAAGGCCAGGGAGAUAACCAACCGAGAAACAGAGGUUGUCUCAGCCUGGGCUGGCCUCCAAGGCUUAUGUGAAGCUAGAAAAGCAAAGUUGGAUGAUACUGGAGAUCUGUUCAGGUUCUUUAUCAUGGUCCGGACUCUUAUACUCUGGAUGGAUGAUGUUAUCAGACAAAUGAACACUACUGAAAAACCAAGAGAUGUUAGUGGUGUAGAAUUACUGAUGAAUAACCACCAAAGUUUGAAAGCCGAAAUUGACACCAGAGAGGAUAAUUUUACUUCAUGUAUUUCACUUGGAAAAGAAUUACUUUCUAGAAACCAUUAUGCAUCAAAUGAGAUCAAAGAAAAGCUUCUUUCUCUGAAUAAUCAACGUAAUGCUUUACUGCAUCGAUGGGAGGAAAGGUGGGAGAACCUUCAAUUAAUACUUGAGGUUUACCAAUUCGCGAGAGAUGCCGCAGUUGCAGAAGCAUGGCUUUUGGCUCAAGAACCAUAUCUUAUGUCACACGAAUUAGGGCAUACUAUAGAUGACGUUGAAAAUUUAAUUAAGAAACAUGAAUCUUUCGAGAAAUCCGCAACCGCUCAAGAAGAAAGGUUCUCAGCUCUAGAACGGUUAACAACGUUUGAACUAAAAGAACUGAAGAAAAAAGAGGAAGAGGAAGAAAGGAGAAAAGCUGAGGAGGCUGCCGCAAGGCAAGCAGCUCAGGCCGCUGCCUCCAAACAACAAUCUGUAGAUAGAGGGGAUGGAGCUGAAGGAGACACGGGCCAGCUAAACGGUGCAUCCACUUCUGAACCAGAGCCCAGGAAGGCUCUGAAAGACAAGGAUGCUACACUGUCACCGGGUAGAAAGGUGAAGAGGUCUCGCUCCAAGAGCCCAUUCAGAUCUUUCAGAUGGAAGAAAUCUGGUGGCAGCAGUGGUGCAAAAUCUUCUGCUGUCAGUGAUGAUGAAGACAAUCUUGCUGCAGCUGCAAAGAGACCUAGUCCAUCUGCAGACGAAUGCCUCAUAGAGGAUACUUUAAGCAGAAAGCAUGUCUGGGAGGCACUUAAGAAAGCUUCCAACAGGUCGUGGAAUGAAGUCUAUGUAGUUGUAAGAGGUCAUCAAUUAUUGGCAUAUAAAGAUGCCAAGUCAGCUAAGAGUUCUCCAGAUUCUUAUUACAAAGGAGAGGCACCAAUAGAUCUCAGUGGUGCAUCUGUGGACAUCGCAACUGAUUACACGAAAAAGAAACAUGUAUUCAGGGUCAAGCUUUCUAAUGGUUCGGAGUAUCUCUUCCAAGCCAAGGAUGAUGAUGACAUGAGGAGGUGGACAUCAACGUUAAGGCCUGCUUGUGAAGCAUCUGGGCCUGGCACAAAGGCACAAACGCUUCCUGCAGGCCAGUCAAGUCAGCAGGAAACAAAAAAAAGAAGUUUCUUCACUCUUAAGAGAACAUGAAGGAAUUAACAAAUAUGGUGCAACAAACUAGAUUGGGGCAAUAAGAGAAGCCACCGGUUUUGUUAUUCUUAUAAAUAUAUAUAUAUAUAUAAAUAUAAAUGAAAAUAGAUUAUUUAAAGUUUUUUAGAUUAUUAUUUUAAAUGAAAAUACACAAAAUUUUAUUUAUUAGUUUCUUAUAAAGGAAUAAAUACUGCCAUUUUCAGUUGUUUUAUUUUUAUAGUAUAUAUUUAAAAAAAAAAAACUAUUAUUGUAAUAAGCCAUUUCAAUUGGAUAUAUUUAUGUAAAUUUAGGAUGAUUCAUUUUAUACAAUAUGAAAAUAGAUGCUUUUGCAUUUUAUUAUAGAUCACUUUCCCUCCACCUUUAUAGGUAGGUCGAUUAAUUUGAAUGGUGCCUGUUAAAAUGAAUCAUCCUUUAUAUUCAUAUAGAUACAUAUUUAUAUUUAUAAACACUUGCAUAAGUAUGUAUGUAACAAGUAGGAGGCUAGGAAAGAGUAUGGUUAUUUGCCUUUAAGAUAACACUGAAAAUGUAUUUAUCUGAAUAGCAGGUUGCAUUGGUGAGUCUGUCACACAAAUUCUGGACAAAGUCCUGUAUAUGAGUCCCAUAUACUGAUGUAUCUAUAACUCUACCUAUUGAAAACAAAGAAAAAAAUAUAUUAAGUGAUAUAGCCAUUAAUAUUAUUGUUGAGAACAAUACCUUCCCAUAUUGUUACAAAUUAUUGCUUUGCUUUUAUGCCUUGGGCACAGUCUUUGCUUUCUGCCUCCUUCAGGCACUUAAGCAUCACUGAUUUAGUUUUCAUUUAUUUUAUAAAUUUUAUUAUAUUUUAAUUAUACGUUUUCAUAUGUAAUAUAUUUUAUCAUUUUAUCCUGCUUUAUUUAUGAUAAACAACCUGAGGUAUUAUCAGAGUUUCCAUUAAUUGACUUUGUAUGAAGACAAAGUAAAAGCUAGAAAGAAUUAGAAGUCAUUAAUUUUAUUCAUCAUUUUAUAAAUAAAUCACUUUUCGAAGCUAUAUUGUUUAUUUUAAUAUUUAUGAUGGAUGUUCCAAACUUCCAUAUUUAUUUAAUAUUAAAGAAUAAAAUGCAUGGUUUAUAGACUGGAAAUGUAUUUACUAAAAAAAAAAAAACAAAAAAAAAAAUAGUAAACUAAUAAAACUUUUUAAAAUACAAGAUUUUGUAAACUUUAAAAUUGUGUAGAUAGUUAAAUCGAAGGAAGUGAGAUAAUAUUCUUUAUCUUACUUUUCUAAAACUAUUUACAGAUUUUGACUCUACGUAUUUCUGGCUGCUAGUUAGCCUCACUUCAUUACAUUCAUAAUUAAUUGGCUUUCAAAAUAGAUUAUGAAGAGAUUAAGAAUAUAUAUGUAUAAAAUAAAUAUCUUUAUGAAAAUGUUCUUGAAUUUUAUUUUACCUACCUUGUAAAGAUGUCUGUAGGAUGUAUCCCACCAUUUUAAAUGUAUAAGCCUUCUUUAUUGGUUCUAAGGUUUGUUAUUAAACAUUUAAUUAAAUAAUUUAUUCCAGAUUAUAUGUAUUUUUUAAAAUAAAGAAUUAAAUGGAUUGUUUUUUUUAUUUCUUCACUGUUCUUUUUUUAAUAUAACUUUUCUUGUCAAUUCAUAUGCUUUAUUAUACUGGAAGAAUUACAGAAUAUAAGCUCCCGUCCAGCAGUUGAUGUGGCUUACUGACUGCUAUCUAUAUGUCAUCAGUA